UUCAAUUCAAGGUUCUUUAAGCAUUAUGGUAAACCCUUCAUCCUCAAUCUUCACCCUAUUUCCUCAAAUCCAACUUUAUUUCAAUUUGCAGAGAAACCUCUAUUCCAAUCCAACGUUUGUUUAAGCAUUAUGGAAACACCAUUUAUGACAGGGAUGGUUGUGGCUGCUGCAGCUUAUGCAGGUAGAUAUGGUAUCCAGGCUUGGCAAGCAUUCAAGGCUAGACCGGCUGGGAUGCGUAAAUUUUAUGAAGGUGAAUUUCAUGCUACCAUGAAUAAGAGGGAAGCAGCUCUCAUCCUUGGUGUUAGGACAACCACCCCAACUGAUAAGAUUAAAGAAGCACAUAGGAGAGUGAUGGUUGCAAAUCAUCCAGAUGCUGGUGGUAGCCAUUACCUCGCUUCCAAAAUCAAUGAAGCUAAAGAUAUGAUGCUUGGAAAGUCCAAAGGUAGUGGAAGUGCAUUUUGAUGUAGUAUAAUCUUUUUGCGCAUCAGUUCUAUGCUUCUAGAAUCAAUUUUGUCCGUGUCAAAAGUGAAACCAAACACACAAUAUCUUCUACGAAAAUCAUAUUACACCUUAUUAUUAGCCUUGUUGUAACUUAUGUCAUUAAAGUUGAGUUUAGAAUGCAUUAAUAAAAAGUUAUUCUAUUUGAAAUUUUUA